AUGGCGACGACGACAACAGACGAGGGUGUAGCGGGGCUCUCCGAGCGCUGGGCAGACAUGGUUUUGGAGGACGAGGAUUUGGCCUUUGAGCCGGUAGGAGCCGAUGCCGAGGAGCUUGUCGGAGGGAUGCAACAGACUUGGUCAGUCGUCGGACGGUUCCUAACUGAGAGGUUAGUUAAGCUUGAAUAUAUGAGGCAAGUUAUGGCGUCGGUGUGGAAACCUGUCAGGGGAGUCACGAUCACCGAGCUGCAACCAAACCUUUUUCUGUUCGUUUUCUUCCAUAUCACGGACAUGCAGUAUGUGUUGGAGGAGGGCCCCUGGUCGUUCGAAAACUCUACUCUUAUCUGUCGACAGGUUAAGGAUGGCGUCCUUCCCGGGGAUGUGGUUCUUGACUCGGUUGACAUGUGGGUUCAGCUUCAUGACUUACCCAUGGGUUACACGUCCGAUGUGAUUUUGGAGCAGAUUGGAAAUUUUCUCGGUGUAUUUAUUAAAGGGGAUGACCGCUUUGCUGGAGCUCCGUGGCUUAAUUUUUACCGCAUUAGGGUUUCUAUGCCGGUGAGCAAACCUUUAAAACGGCGUAUGAAGCUUCUUAAAUGUGACCGGACUUGGAGUUGGGUGUCGUUUAAGUACGAACGACUCCAUAGUUUCUGCUUUUAUUGCGGCAUGAUGGGGCACUCAUAUAAAUUUUGCCUUAAGGCGCGAGAGGAGACAAUCUCGGUCGAUCAGUUUCCGUUCAGUGCUGCGUUGCGAGCUGAUGGAAGCCGAGGUCCUAGGGCGGUGGGGGAUAGUUGGCUCGUGCCGGUUGGGGCUGCUCCGCGGUCGGGUGGAGGCUCGGAGGUCGCUGCUGGUGUUGAUGGCAGUGCUGUGACUACUCCGGUUACAGUAUAUCGACAGGAGAGUGCGGAGGUGGUUGUUGCUGUCACUAAACGCCGUCGGGAAGGCGGAUUUAGUGGUUCUCGAAGGUCGGGAAGUGGGAGUGGUAGUGACGUUACCAUGCACGAUGUGUCAAAAAACUUGCAUGUGGCGGGUUCUAGUUCCCAGACCAGCCCUUCAUCAUGA